AUGUCAAAGAGCGAAGAAGUCAAGGUCACAGAUAUUGACAAACAAACAAGCAGCAAUCUCUUACCUACAAAUGACAUAAACAUAGCCACAUCUUCCUCGUCCUCAUCAUCAUCUUCACUUAUACCACCUAAACACUUUUCAAUCUUCCAUUACCUCAACCUCGCAUCAAAAAAACUAGAUUCGCUAGGAGUGGAAACAAGAGGACUAGACCGUGUUUUACCCCAUGAGCGAUCAACAAACAAGACCAAGUUAUUAAUCAGUGUUGUGGGAUUUUGGUUUUCUGCAUGUGGUGGACUUUCAUCCAUGUCGUCAUUCUACCUUGGCCCUUUAUUAUUCGAACUCGGUUUGCGCAAUACAUUAAUUGCUGGGUUAUUGGGACAUGGGUUGGGUUGUUUCAUUGCUGCUUAUUGUUCAAUGAUGGGUCCAAGAUCGGGAUGUCGACAAAUGGUUAGUGCUAGGUUCCUCUUUGGUUGGUGGUUUGUGAAAUUGGUGGCUUUGGUGAAUAUUAUUGGAGUAACUGGCUGGUCGGUUGUUAAUUGUGUUGUUGGUGGACAAAUUUUGGCGAGUUUGAGUGAUGAUAAGAUUCCGCUUUGGGCUGGUAUUGUAAUUAUUGCUGGUGUGACCAUAUCGGUUGCUAUUGGUGGAAUUAAACAGUUGAUGAGAGUUGAGGCACUUUUGAGUGUACCUGUCAAUUUGGCUUUUUUGUUAUUAUAUGUUGUUGCAUCACAGAAGUUCCAAUAUUUGACUUUAGGUGAUGCGAUACUGGAUUCAACUACGAUAAAGGGUAACUGGUUAAGUUUCUUUUCUUUAUGUUAUUCAAUUACUUCAACUUGGGGUGGGAUUGCUUCUGAUUAUUACAUAUUGUUCCCUGAAGAUACACCUGAUAUACAAGUGUUUUGUAUUACGUUAUUGGGAAUUUUCAUUCCAACUACAUUUGUCGGUGUUGCUGGUUUACUUAUCGGUAACGUUGCACUUGGAUAUAAGCCAUGGGGUGACGCAUAUGCUAAAUGGGGUAUGGGUGGUUUACUAAAUGAAGCAUUCAAGCCCUGGGGUGGGGGUGGAAAAUUCCUCCUUGUUGUGAUUUUCCUUUCCUUGAUUUCAAAUAAUAUUCUUAAUACGUAUUCAGCUGCCUUUGGAUUACAAUUAGCUGGGACUGUAUUUGCGAAAAUACCACGUUGGCUUUGGGCUAUUGGAAUCACAGCUGUUUACUUGGUUGCUGCAUUAGUUGGUAGAAAUGAGUUUUCUACAAUUUUGGGCAAUUUCUUACCCAUGAUUGGAUAUUGGAUCUCAAUGUAUUUCAUAUUGUUGCUAGAGGAGAAUACAAUUUUUAGAACAGACAAAUUUCAUCAUUUAUACCAAUUAGAAUUUGCCGAAGACGGAUCAUAUGAUGCACCAUCAUCAGUCAAUGACUACGAUAAAGAGUUUCAAAUAGACACUACAACCACUACUGGUCGUCGUCAUCAUUACAAUUUCAAAAUAUGGAAUGAUUAUUAUAAGUUAACACACGGGUGGGCCGCUACUGCAUCCUUCUUAAUUGGAGCUACUGGUGCUGCUGUUGGUAUGUCACAAACGUAUUGGAUUGGUCCAAUUGCGCGUAGGAUUGGUGGAGAGUAUGGUGGUGAUAUUGCCAUGUGGUUGUGUAUGGGAUUCAGUGGGAUUGUGUACCCAGUAUUGCGGUAUACUGAAUUGAAGUAUUGUAAGAGGUAG